GUCAGGGGAAGCCCGCCCUUUGAACGAUGUGGACAGCCCGCAAGGUUGUCUACACUAACUUGUAAUUAUGGACCAGAGUCACCCGACAAAGCAGCAUUGCAUUGGACAAGCAGCAGCUAGCUGGUGUACACAUGUCUGUAUGAAGCUGAGUUGGCCAUUGUGUUGACUCGAGUCUUGUAGUUCAUGGGACAGCCACCUAACCAUUUCCGCCGUUCCUCAGCUUGUCUUCUCUCGUUGGCUACCCGACCAGAAUAGUCGACCAAAUAAAAAAACUAUCGACCGUCCGACCUCGCAUCGAUCGAUCGAAGAAGAGUUAUGCAAAGCAAGCAAGCCUGCCUGUCUGCAAAGGAGGCUCGAUCUGGUUGGCAACAACGACCAAGCACCAAGAACCAAGACGCAAUGCCGAAUGAACCAAGUCCAAUACAAACACAACGCAACAGCCCAAAACACAUCAGUCCGUUCUCCGGGAUCCCGAGGCAAGUCUCUAGAAAUAGAAGCAAAAGACGGGCAAAGAAAAAAGGGACAACAAGACACAGCACAGCACAGGGCCUCUGUGGGUUCCUCGGCCAUCAAUCAGCUGUCAGCGGCUCGACCAGAUCAAACUUGCUCUGCGUCCCAUUUGCGUGCUCGCGUCAGCGUCGAGAUCUAGAAUCAGAAACGCGAAACCCAUCCCGUCCCGAGUCACCUGCGUCAAGAAUAGUCCAGCUGGGACGCCGGGGGUUCCUUUGUUUUCAACGGCCCCCACCAGGCGCACUCGCCCAGGCACACACAUCCGGCGAUUUCUCUUUGAACCUGUUCGCAAGUACUUGACUUUGGCUACUCCUCUGUCCUCUAGCAUUGUUCGUCCCUCGAAAGGAUUCAAGAGGCCGUUCA